CAUGGAUCAUAAUAAAGAGUGCUCACAGAGGGACAAUCGCUAAAGGAGGAAGUAUCCUAACUUGUGUUUAGGUACACCCAUGUCUAACGACGCAUUGGUGCAACACUGUUCUCCUUUCAGAACAAACCCUGCCUGUUGGCUGUGGAAAACCAUCUACGGCUCUCGGAGAUGAGGUUCACAAGAUGCAUCACGAUGAUCCAGUUGGAAAUGCUACUGAAUGUCAUCUUUGUUUCGGGUACACCCAUGUCUAACAACGCAUUGGUGCAACACUGUUCUCCUUUGAGAACAAACCCUGCCUGUUGGCUGUGAAAAACCAUCUACGGCUCACGGAGAUGAGGUUCACAAGAUGCAUCACGAUGAUCCAGUUGGAAAUGCUGCUGAAUGUCAUCUUUGUUUCGGGUGGUGUGGGAUCCUGUCAUUCAGCCCUUCAUGCAUCUAUGCCAAACAAGAUGGAGGCAUUGAGCGACACUUGUUUGCAAAUUCCAUGUUCAUUUGAUUCAGUACCAUCAAAUCAAUUAGAUAAAACCAAACCCAUUUGGGGUGUAUGGUUCAAAUCGACCACCGAUUUUGAAGAUGUGGUUUUCCAAAGCAACAUACAAGAUAAUAUGUAUCCAAUUAGUAUCAUUGGGAAUAUGAGUGAAUACAACUGCACAACUGUUUUUACAAACAUGAACUCAAGUUAUGCUGACGUAUAUUACUUCAGAGUGGAAGGCACCAGUUUCAAGGCAACCGACAGGUGCAAUCAUCUUACAAUCACAGUUAAAGAUUCAGCCCCAGCACCCUCCAUACAGACCCUCCAGGAGGGACCACUAACGGAGGGGAGCAGGGUAACGUUCACCUGCAGGGCCAUCGCACCCUGUCCCACCCAGCCGCCUCACCUGAGCUGGAACCAGUCAGGAGGCCCUGAGGGCCGGCUGGAGCCGCACGGAGACCAAGAGCCUAACGUCAGGACCCGGCGGCUGAAUAUCACUCUGUCGGACCGACAUGACGGGGUCCGCCUCACCUGUCUGGUGGAGUAUCCGGUGAACGACCCAGCAGGCGGGCCCAGCAUCAGAACAGCAGAGAGCGUCGUGACGCUCAACGUUUCCUAUUCCCCGAAGGAUACCCAGGCCUCCGUCAGCCCCCCCACGGUGUCGCUGGGCAGUGUGGUCAACCUGACGUGCACCAGCAGAGCCAACCCCCCCGUUCUCCGGUUCACCUGGUUCAGGAGCAGUGCGGAGGGACCCCUGAACGUGUCAGAUGGAUCUUUGUACAGCUUCAAUGUGUCCAGCUACAGAGGAAUCUACUACUGCGUGGCCACGAAUCCCUUGGGAAAACAAACAUCAGAAGAGAUUACGCUAACUGUCAGCGGUGAAAGCGUCGAGUUGAAUGUCCUUCUGAUAAUUGGUGGAUUCUUUGGUACCGUCUUCUUUAUUGGUCUGAUCAUCGGUGUCCUGUGGUUACUGAAGAAACCUUUAACACAGCAACAGAAUCCAAUAUUCGAGGCGUCAGACAAGCAGGUGGAAGAGGAGAUCCACUACGGAGAGAUCGACUUUGCCAAGCGAGGUGCUGUGCAGAACCCAGUGUUCCCCCAGGGGGAGGAGCAGACCUCAGAGUACGUUGAGAUCACUGGUCAACAGGCUUAGAACACACAGAUCAGGGCUGAACUGGAGAGGAGCUGAAUAGUUUGGACUGGGAUCUCUUUAGUAUCCACUCAUGUCAGUGUAAACAUAUCCUGCUUCAGCAUCCAUGGCACCCUUUAUGCUUUUUGGUCUCAAGGCACCCAAUAAACAUUUACAUUUACAUUUAGGGCAUUUAGCAGACGCUUUUAUCCAGUCAAAUAAACCAAAACAAAAGUUUGUACGACUCCCUGCUUGGUUCUGUUUAUGAAAUCAAAAGCACAACAAAUGUUAGGAAAGGCCACUUUUAUAAAAUGCUGCAAAGAAACAGCAGAAUGCAUUUCAUUAAAAAAAUGUCCAAAGUGCCCCCUCUUCAAAGUGGAAAAUAUUCAAAUGUGAAUAAGUGGGAGGGAACAACUCCAGGGCAGGUAUGUCCACAGCGGACGAGGAUGUGACGUGAAGGGUGACAACGAUUUUAAAGUUCAGCCAGUUACCCAAUGGGUGGAGUUUGUCCCACCCACUCAUUUGUAUUUUAAUAUUGUCUACAUUGAAGCGUGCCAUAAUUUGAAUAUGCAAACGCAAAUAGUUUUAACUUUUAUUUGUAUAUUGUUACUUUUAAGCAGACAUUUUUUUAAAUGCAAAGAGAUAGCAUUUUAUUGUAUAUCUGAGUCAAAUAAUGUGUGUAUAUUAUGAAAAAUAAAAAGCAUUAGUGCUAUUGCAUUUUCUUCUUCAACAUUGUGUUUUCAUUUGAUUAUGGUCCUCAAAAUGACUCAUUAGUUAACAGCCCUUGAGAGUAUGGUGGGGAGGAUUGGAGUGAGAGUGUGGAUGGUGAUGGAACUGGUUCUGGACCAAAGCAGAUUGGUGGAAAUCGAGAUUGUCCCAGAUGACAAUGUAUCUCUUCUGCUCUGCAGACAUUUGACGUUCAAAAUAUUUGUGAUGUUCCUCCCUCUGACCUUCUCAGAU